AUGCCUUUACAACCACUUUACGAGGCUCUUGGACCACUCAAAGCUGAAGCACUUCCAGGUCUUUAUGCCCUUUCAGGGCCAGAUGUCACAGGCGAUUUUAAAGGCAAAGCUGAAAUUAGUUUUUGGAACAAGUUCUUAGAAGGAACUCCAUCUACACUUCAGGCAUUGGCUUCUUUGGGUAAAAACGAAACACAAAGUGACUCUGAUUUUGAGCAGAUCGAGGCUUUUUGUUACAAAGAAAAGGAUGCGGGAAAGCUGGUCGUCUACACGACGACAAUGGGAAUCGUAAGGGAAACGUACAACAACUGCAUGAAGGUAAAACAAAUAUUAAGAACCCUCCUGCUGAAAUACGAAGAAAGGGACGUCUUUAUGAGCAACGAGUGCAGGGCUGAAAUACGAGAUCGUAUGAGCUGUGAACAUGUUUUAGUGCCACAGGUGUUUGCAGACGGACAGCAUAUAGGGGACGUGGAAACCAUAGAGAGGUUGAACGAGACCGGAGAAUUGCGAAGAAUACUAAAGUGUUAUAAGAGUAUGGAUGCCUGCACAACAUGUAAGGUUUGCGGAGGAUAUCGCCUGCUUCCUUGUCCCGUUUGUAAUGGCAGCAAGAAAUCCCUUCACCGGAACCACUUUACCACCGAAUUUGUAGCUCUUAAGUGUAUGAACUGUGAUGAAGUAGGACUCGUCCGAUGCACAUCCUGCCAAUAAGCGACGUCUUUAUUCCAAUACAAUUACUCAAGAUAUUCCCUAAUUACACCGACCCAAAUGAAAGAUGACACAAAAGUGCUGCAGUUUGCAAUGGCAUCGGCCUUCACAUAAAUAAAUGGGAUUCUACCAUCACGAUCAAUAUAUCCGGGGCGCCGGAAGCAAGUCAAUCCUGCAAAUGCUGCUGCGGGAUUUUCACGUGCAUCAAUCUUAAAACUAAUUUUUGAUGUCCAACUUUUGCCAUAAGUACGUUCAGGUUUCGAGGAUGAAUAAUAAUAAAAGAAUACAAGGCUAUUAUAACUUAUUAAUAACAACAAUGGGUUGUAACAAUCAUUUUAGGUUUCCACUUGUUGAUAUGACAACGUGGUUGUGCAAUGACGGUAGUUUUUAGUAAUUCCGUUGAACUAAUGUUUAAUUUUUGUGUAAAUUUACUUCAAAUAAAGAUAUGAGAAACUA